AAGUUAACUGGCUUGUUUUCAAUAACUUGCAGGGCUUCGGUCAAUUCUUAUAGAUGGAUUGACGAAGAGACUUCAAGACAUUGGUAUCCGUACUGUAUACUGUUGGGCUGAUAAGGAAUCUGAAGGUUUUUGGCUUAAACAGUGAAAGUGGAUAAAAAGGGUAGAGCUUGUAGACUUCCUAUUAAGAUGGAUAUACAUAAAGCAAUGUGCUUUCCUGGUGGUUCAACCCUCAUGGUUUCUCAUCUUUGCAAGGACACUUCAGGUCCAGCAGGAUCUCUGAAGUUCCUUUUCCCACUCAACCCUUGUGAAAAGUCUUCACCCUCAGCUGCUGAUAAAUCCAAAGGUCAACAGAGAGCUGAUGCUGCUGUCAAUCUGUGUUCUUGUUCUUCUCAAGGUGCAAAGAGGAAGAUGUUGGAAGGAUCAUUGUCUCAUUGAAGACCAAAAAGGUCAAGGGAGGCCAUAACAUUGAUCAUCAGACAGAUUCUAAUUAUUUGGUCUCAGAAAGUUACAGGAAUUGUUCUUGUUCUAAUGAAUGCUCCUUGGGCAUUUCAACUGAUAAAUCACCCAUGGAGGUUACUCCUAGAACUUCUUUGAUUAAAAAUUCCAUGGAAAA